AAACCUGAGGUACUUGUUUGCAAAACUGAGCAGUCUUGUAAUCUUCAAUAACCCCGGGCAUAAACCCUCUGCAAAUUUGAGCCACCAUCGACAUCUGUAUCCGUAUAGAUUUAUUACAUAAUACAUAGUUUGUGAUCAUCAUAGUAUAUUACAUGUGAGUGAGUAUACAUGGUUAUGUUUCGAACUCGAUUCUUGUCUUACUCAUUAUUAUCUUACAAUCUCCGUCAAGUGAAUCCAUCACAACAUCAGCGUUGGAUCUCAUCCACAAGCCCAUUAAAUCAAUCAUGGAUAAACAAGAUCAAAGGGGUCAUUACUGGGAAAAAAAAUGAUGACCCAUCUCAAUCAGUCAAAGCUGAAUCAUUCACACUGCUUAGGUUUGCGGAUGAAUUGAGGAAUGCUAGAAGAUUAGGGACAUUUAAAAAGUACAUGGUCGGCCGAAGCAGUGAAGCAACUUAUGCAGAUGCAUUUGAGAAGCAGGAGGCUAUCAUUCGAUUUCUUGGGGUCUGUGAUCCUACUGGAGAGAAUCUCCUAAAGAGUCAAAAACAAGCAGCAGCAAAACACUGUAACUGCACAAUUGCUGAUGUUGAAAAUGCACUGUCAAAGUUCACUUGGGCCAAAGAAGCUCAGAAGAAAAUUGAGAAGUUGAAAGCAGAAGGGAAGCCACUGCCUACGAGUAUGGCUGAGGUACAAAAGCUGAUGGGAUCAACCCCACUGGAUCUUGCUCAGUCGAACUUGGCUAAGAGUGGAGCAAUAAGCAGAAACGCACUCUGCCCUUGUGGUUCUAAAAAAAGAUACAAACGGUGUUGCGGAAAGGAUUGAGGAUUCUAGCUGACAUAUCAGAGGCUCUUUUCAACUCAACCUGGGGUACCUGGUGCUUUGUGAACUCGAUCAUGAUUUUCCAGUUAUAAAUCAUCAGGUGAUAGGAUGUUUUGUAUUUUAGUGAAUUGAAUCUUGUGGAAUAAAGUAGAACAAUAUUCCUGACGUCGCGAGAUUGUCUUUUCAAGUUGAAUAUGUAAGUUGAAGUUGUCAGGGGCCAAACUUGUUACUGGAACGUGGUCCUCAGGAUUUGGCUUGUUUAAUCCAUAUUUAAGGCUAUACGUAAUUUCCAUGAAA